GAACAAAACACUUUGACAUCUCUUACUCCACCCAACUGUUGGUCAUGUAAACCAGAAGGAGGAAACAAGUCCUGACCCACAGGGCUGCAUUAAGAGGAGGAGCAACACUGGAAAAACGAGAUCCAAUGUCUCGAAACAGAAACGAAACUUAACAUUUGUCAGAGUUUCAGCCACGCAGCAGUCGAGACGAGUCUCUAUUUGUGUCUCAAAGACAAUUCAAACAGAUUUCAUCAGGUCUUUAACAACAGCAGAGUCUCUGACAAACACUGACAUGGCUGCUGCAAACUUCCUUCCAUCUGAAGAUCAGUUUCUGUGCUCCAUCUGUCUGGAUGUGUUCACUGAUCCUGUCACCACAUCAUGUGGACACAACUUCUGCAAAACCUGCAUCACUGAACACUGGAAUCAUAACGACCAGUACCUGUGUCCCAUGUGUAAAGAGGUUUUUAACACGAGACCUCAGCUGAGAGUCAACACUUUGCUCUCUGAGAUGGUUUCUCAGUUCAGACAGUCAGCUCAACAGAAAGCCAGCAGCAGCAGCUCAGAGCAACAAGUGUCCAAACCAGGAGAAGUUCCCUGUGACGUCUGCACUGGAACCAGACUGAAGGCCCUGAAGUCCUGCCUGGUGUGUCUGGUCUCCUACUGUCAGACUCACCUGGAGCCUCAUCUGAUAAAGUCGGGCCUGAAAAGACAUCAGCUGAUCGACCCUGUGGAGAACCUGGAGGACAGGAUGUGUCUGAAACAUGAUAAACUUCUGGAGCUGUUCUGUAGGACCGACCAGAUGUGUGUCUGUGUCCUCUGUCCUGUUUCAGACCACAAGACACAUGAUGUUGUUCCUCUGAAAGAACAAUAUGAAGAAAAGAAGGCAGAACUGAAGAAGAUGGAGGCUGAAAUUCAGCAGAUGAUCAAGAAGAAACGAUUGAAGAUUCAGGAGAUCAAGGACUCAGUGAAGCUCAGUAAGAACGAUGCAGACAGAGAGAUAGCAGAAGGUGUUCAGGUCUUCACUUCUCUGAUGGUAACUGUUGAGAGAAGCCAGGCCGAGCUCAUCAGAACAAUAGAAGAGAACCAGAAGAAGACAGAGAAACAGGCUGAAGACUUCAUCAAAGAGCUGGAACAAGAAAUCUCUGAGCUGAUGAAGAGAAGGACUGAGGUGGAGCAGCUCUCACAGUCUGAAGACCACCUCCAUCUUCUCCAAAACGUUCCAUCUCUGAGCCCUGCUCCACCCACCAAGGACUGGACAGGAGUCAGAGUCCGUCCAUCACAUGAAGGAACUGUGGUGAGAGCUGUGGCUCAGCUGGAGGAAACACUCAGUAAACAGAAGAAGAAGCUGCUUGAAGCUGAGCUGAGGAGGGUCCAGCAGUAUGCAGUGGAUGUGACUCUUGAUCCUGAAACAGCGAGUUCCUAUCUCAUCUUCACUGAUAAUGGGAAAAAAGUGCGAUACACUGAUGUUUGCAAGAAUCUACCAAACAACCGAAAGAGGUUCUCCUAUCAUGUUUGGGUUUUAGGAAAGCAGAGUUUCUCUUCAGGCAGAUUUUACUUUGAGGUUCAGGUUACAGGAAAGACUGAUUGGAAUCUAGGAGUGGCCAGAGAGUCGAUCAACAGGAAGGGGGCAAUCACACGGAGUCCUCAGAAUGGUUUUUGGACAAUACAUUUGAGAAAUGGACACCAGUACUAUGCUGCUGCUGGCCCUGAUGUCAGUCUGUCUCUGGUCUCUCGGCCUCAGAAGGUGGGGGUGUUUGUGGAUUAUGAGGAGGGUCUGGUCUCCUUUUAUGAUGUAGAUGCUGCAGCUCUGAUCUUCUCCUUUACUGGCUGCUGCUUCACUGAGAAACUCCUCCCAUUGUUAUGUCCUGGUCUUAAUGAUGGCGGUAAAAACUCUGCACCUCUGAUCAUCUCACCUGUCAGUUACACUGACUAGACUGACAACUGGUCUUAUUCAGUUUGUUGACCUUUCAGUCUUGGUAACAAAUGUACACAUUAAGUGACAAUACUGUACAGUUUGCUUCUUAUCUUUAAAAAAUCUGUUUACUGUAAUACUUUAUAUUGUACUUAUUUUUGUCUAAAAAUACGCCAUUACAAAAGCAACACACUAUUCUGAUGCAUUCAUCUCUUUAUUCCAUGUGUGUCAUAGUUAAACACUGCAUAAAAAGUUAAGGAAGAAAGUAAAUUCACUGAAUAGAUGCAAACAAACUAAUAUGUUUUCUGAGAAGUUGUUUAUUUCAUAAGUUGUUAGUUUGGCCAGUCUUGUUUUGAGAAUAACAGAUUAUGCAAGAUGGCUGAAAUAAAAAUAAAGAAAAUUUGUUGGAAAAAACUAAAUGAACUUAGUGAAAUGCUUUAAAGACAAGUGAGCACUGUUGUAAUUCUGAGUACUCAGAUUGCUUUUUAGUAAACUAGAGAGAACAGAACAUUGUCUGGGUGAGUGUGUGUGUGUUUGAAGAGCCUAAACUUCCACUUCCAUAUGUUUUUAAAAAAAAAAAACUGUAUAUGUGCUUUAAUGGUUUCUGUGUCAGCACUUAUAGUUUAUUGUCUUGCUUUCACUGAAUCAGCUGUGCCUAAUACUGUCUGCCUCUGCUCAGUUCACUGUCAGAUUGUUGGCAGAAUAAAGAUGUAAAUGUUA